GGCGAAACCCUAGCCAUUAGGGAUGGGUUUCUAACGAGGGACGGACCGUCAACCGAGGCCCCGUCAAUGAAGGAGUUAACCGUAGCUUUAUCUUCAUCACCCGCCACCGACGAGAAGCUAACCGUAGCUCUCUCAUCAUGGACCACAGUCAUAGUCGGGGAGUUGAGGCACGAGAUGGAGAGAUUCAGGGAUGUGUUGCGCCAGGAACUCAAGGAGUUUGCGAGGAGCAAAGGAUGGGGACAGUUCUUCGUCGACGGUGUCGAUCGAGAGAAGACUGGGGGGAGGCGAUCAUCGCCAACCGCAGCCACCGAGUUAACUACAGCUCGUAGGCGAUCAUCGUUCGCACCACCACCAAUCACCAUUGCAAACGCGACUGCCGUAGCCGAAGCGUUCACGAUCUUCGCCGCAACAACAAUCACGCCCACCACUGAAGUCAAGGAGCUGACCGAAGCUUCCUUUUCAUCAUCCACAGCAUCGUCUAUCGUCACCGUCAUCCACCGCGCCACCACCAACUCCACCAAGUUGGAGCCUCCAACCGUCGACGAGAAGGAGCUACCCGUAGCGCCUUCGCCACCAAUUGCUGCCAAAGAGGAGCACACCAUCGCUCCAUCAUCAUCACCUGCGGACGACGCCGAGUUAACCGUAGCUCCGUCUUCGCCACGCCCAGUAUCAUCAUGUGAAGAGCCCCAACCCCGUCGCCGCCGCCACGUUCACCGUGGUUCAAGGGCAACCAUUAAGUGGCAAUUGUAAGUUUGCCAAAGGACAAGGAGAUGGAGUACGUGGGACCAUAGAAGUACCCAUAUUGCAUGGGGAGCAUGGAAGGGUCGGUUUGGAAGAGGAGUGUCCUAGCUUCUCAUCGUCGAUUGAUGGAGUUGAUUUUGUGGGAGUAAGCCAUCCACUCGCUCUCGAGAUGAGGAUCGCUUAUGUAGGGCCGUAGGGGAUGUCGACGUUGGAAUGGUUCGAGUGCCGGCGCGUAAUUGGAAGUUACGUACACGAGGGCGGCAUCAACAAAAUCCGUUUUAUUCG